AUGGAACUAUUCAACCACGAACUGGACUGCAUCAACACAGGGGCGUUCAAUAAAAAGGCCUUAUCCUUGUCACAAAUGUCCAUGAGAGUUACCGAGGGCUUGGAAACCUGUCCAUUGGUAAGCAAGAUGUUGGCCAGCAAAUCUUUGGAAUCAGAAGUGGCCGUCAACAUGUUGUCCUUAUCUGCUGCACCCUGUAAGGAACCGCAGUAUGGGCCUCAGUGCUCGUGUGUAAAUUCCACAGGUGAAUGUCGAGCCGAAACCGCUGCGAUCUGUCUGACUGGUUACAGUCUUGAUACUCUGAAAAACACAUCUAUUGUUUUAUUUAUUACCUUCUUUCUCUUUUUGAACAACAAAACCACAGACAAAACUGAGGGUUGUCUUAGUAAAGUUCGGAUUUCACCACCCCGCCCUUUGAUUAUUAUUCUUUUGAAGAUUCUUCGUUGUCAAGCCGCCAAAGUGGAGAGUGUGAUUGCAGAAGGGGGGGCUUCUCGUUUCAGUGCUUCUUCGGGCGGAGGAGGUGGUAGGGGUGCACCUCAGCACUAUCCCAAGACUGUCUGUAACGGCGAGUACCUGGGGAAAACCCCAGGGCCUAGCGUUCAGAGAUGGGUUCCUUCACGAAGCACUAGACGAGAUGUCAACUCCAAUGAAAAAGAACAACAUGAUGCAAUAUUUAGGAAAGUAAGAGGCAUACUUAAUAAACUGACCCCCGAAAAGUUUGACAAGCUAUGCCUUGAGCUUCUUAAUGUGGGCGUUGACUCUAAACUUGUCCUUAAAGGAGUCAUCUUGCUGAUUGUAGACAAAGCCCUAGAAGAGCCCAAAUACAGCUCACUCUAUGCUCAGCUAUGUCUGCGUUUGGCAGAGGAUGCACCAAACUUUGAUGGCCCUUCAACUGAAAUCCAGUCAUCUCAAAAGCAGAGCACAACUUUCAGAAGGCUUCUUAUAACCAAGCUUCAAGAUGAGUUUGAGAACCGCACCAAAAAUGUUGAAAUCUACGACAAACAAGACAACCCUCUCACCUCUGAGGAGGAGGAGCAGCGUGCCAUUGCAAAGAUCAAAAUGCUUGGCAAUAUCAAAUUCAUUGGAGAACUUGGCAAACUCGACCUCAUCCAUGAAUCUAUCCUUCAUAAGUGCAUCAAAACACUUUUGGAGAAAAAGAAGAGGGUCCAGCUCAAGGACAUGGGAGAGGAUCUGGAGUGUCUCUGUCAGAUAAUGAGGACUGUGGGACCCAGACUCGACCAUGACAAAGCCAAGUCUUUAAUGGAUCAGUACUUUGGCCGAAUGCGAUCCUUAAUGAACAACAAGGAUUUGCCUGCAAGGAUUCGUUUCCUACUACAGGAUACUGUGGAGCUAAGAGGGAAAAACUGGGUUGCUCGCAAAGCUUUUAACGACAAUGGACCAAAGACGAUUAACCAGAUUCGUCAAGAUGCAGUGAAGGGAAUGAGAAUGGACUUCUUCCUAGAAGGCUCCUUCAUGCCGAACAAGCUGAAACUGGACAGAGAAACACUUGGAGGAUUGGCUGAUAUGUUUGGUCAGAUGCCAGGAAGUGGAAUAGGAACUGGUCCAGGUGUGAUCCAGGACAGAUUUUCCCCUACCCUAGGACGUCAUCGUACAAACCCACUUUUCAAUGGCCACAGUGGACAUAUGGCUUCCCAACCACAAUCACAGUUUGACUUGGGAAUGAAGCCUUUCAUCAAGACAAGCCAGGGACAGAAUACAAAUUUUCACAAUCAAAACCAGAACCAUUCUAACCAGCAGCAAGUUCAGUCUAAGGACAUGCCACCACGCUUCAAGAAGGGGCAGCUCAAUGCAGAAGAGAUCAGCCUUAGACCAGCUCAGUCAUUCCUUCUGAAUAAAAACCAAGUGCCGAAACUGCAGCCCCAGAUUCCCACCAUGAUUCCUCCAAGUGCUCAGCCUCCACGCACGCAGACUCCACCUCUUGGACAGCCGCCUCAGCUUGGUUUGAAAACCAACCCUCCUCUGAUCCAGGAGAAACCUCAGAAGACUAUCAAGAAACCACCACCUGCCAAAGAGGAACUGCUAAAAAUGACGGAGAACAUUGUGAUUGAGUAUCUUAACAGUAAGAACAUGGAGGAUACAGUCAGUGGUGUGAAAGAUAUGAGGGCUCCCAAACACUUUCUGCCAGAGAUGUUGAGUAAGAUCAUCUUAUGUUCACUGGAGCGGACUGAUGAAGACCGGGAACAGGCUAGCACACUCAUCAAUACACUGCACACUGAGGGCAUCAUAACUGGGGAGAACUUUAUGCAGGCACUUCUGAAUGUGUUGGAUCAGUGUCCUAUGCUUGAGGUAGACAUUCCCCUGGUUAAGUCUUACCUUGCCCAGUUUGCAGCAUGGGCCAUCAUUGCAGAGCUGGUCAGUGUGGCAGAACUGGCUCAUCCCCUGGAGAAUGGCAACCACUUCCCUCUUUUCUUGCUAUGUCUGCAGCAAGCUUCCAAACUCAAGGAUCGUGAGUGGCUAACAGAUCUCUUCCAGCAGAGCAAGGUUAACAUGCAGAAGAUGCUUCCUGAAAUUGACCAAAAUAAGGACCGUAUGCUGGAGAUUCUGGAGGGGAAGGGUCUGAGUUUCCUUUUCCCCUUGCUGAAACUGGAGAAGGAACUGCUGAAGCAGAUCAAAGCAGACUCCUCCCCUCAGGCCAUCUACAAGUGGAUCAAAGACAAUAUCUCUCCCAAACUCCACACAGACAAGGGCUUCAUCAACAUACUUAUGACCAGCUUUUUUCAGUAUAUCAUUGCGGAGCUUGGUGUGACUGAAGGAGACGAGCAACUGUCCACCCCAUCUAAAGAGCAACUGGACCAGGAGAAGCAACUACUAUUAGCCUUCAAGCCAGUCAUGCAGAAGUUCCUCCAUGAUCAUACAGACCUGCAGGUCAGCGCUCUGUACGCACUGCAGGUGCACUGCAAUGCCAACGCUUUCCCAAAAGGUAUGUUGCUUCGCUACUUUGUCAACUUUUAUGACAUGGAGAUCAUUGAGGAGGAAGCUUUUCUUGCAUGGAAAGAAGAUAUCACCCAAGAAUUUCCUGGAAAGGGAAAAGCCUUAUUUCAGGUGAACCAAUGGUUGACUUGGUUGGAGACAGCUGAGGAAGAGGAGUCAGAGGAGGAAACUGACUGAGAAACCAAGCUAAUCCUCCCAGUGAUAGUUUCCUGCUAAAUAACCUGCUGUCUUGUCUUUGGUUCCCAUGCUUUUUUGCAGUAGCUCACACACUCAACCACCUCCACCACAAUACACUGCUGCUAGGCUCAUGAAUUAACUGCCAGAAAACAGUGUCAUCUUUGUAAUCAAUGUUUCUGUGUUUUGCUUGCAUCAUAGCCAAUGGCAGGUUGCGUCAGCUUCUUUUGAGUUUUUAAUUCAAGAGGAUAUACAGUAUUAACCACUAGGUCAAAAAAACAUUUUUGUUGACUUGAAGUUGAAACAUGGCUUUCAGAAGACACGGGACAGAAAACCUUUUUGUGUCUCAUUUGAAGCAAAUACACAGCUGUCAAUAUAGAAGCAAUAGACUGUUUGCAGUCUGUCAUGGAGUAAAAGUUAAUCAUGAGAUCCUGGUUGAGUGACCUUCAUAUGUUAUGUUGUAUACGCUUUUAUUAGUGUUAUUCUGGGUCGGUUGCAAUAUCCUUUUCAUGCAUGAUUUAAACAUCUAUAAAACUGUAAUCACUGACUUGCUGUAACAUUUAGCAGUUUCCUUUUCUACCUCCUCUUGAAUAGGCUUCAUUUAGAACAGGCUUCUGAUAUCAAAAGUUUUUAGAUCAAUUAAAAUUGAUAAUUAAGAUCCAGUAAAUCGGUGUAGUCGUUCAAUUUUGCACAGCACACUACCUUAAACAACGUACUUAAGCUUGCAGUAAAGCGUGUUUUAAGUGCUUUCCAUUGAACAUGUUUGUCAGUUGGGAAAACCAGCUAUUUAGAUGUACUUGAUGCCUCUGCUGACCCAGCCUUACUUCAUUAAUGUUGUCUGCCAUGUGUUCUGAUAUGGUAACUCAGAUGUGUUCUUUAUGGCAGUAGUAAUGUUGCCCUACACAGCCCACCAAUCUGCCACAGACCUUUUGAACAUCUUGAAAGUUGAGAUGGUGGAUCAUUUUAACCUUCCUUUUUAAUUGGUCAUUAAGUUGGAGGGGUGAGGGGUGUACAUGAGAAUGGGAAGGAAAAAAUCCAUUAUACCCAUGAGAGGAAAGGCUUUUGCCCCUGCCAAUAAGUGGUUCUUGCACAACCUAUUAUUUACAGGUGUUUUAAUUGUAUUUGACAUUACUUGAGUUUGCAAUCCAGUUGUUAGAAACUAAAUGGCUUAUGGUCAUGUUGUUUUAGUGCUGUUUUCACCACUAUUGCUGAAUUUACAAUAAAGGAAAACCUUCAGCAUAAAA